UUCACUUACAAUAAUAUAAUCUUUUUUCACAAAUUUCAGACCAUAAAGAUUCCAUCUUUAUAAUAAUAUAUAUACAGUAUUUUCUCUCCUCAAAAUCUUUUUAUAACAACCAACCCAUCCCCAACAAAAACACACUCACAAAUCUAGAUCACACAUGAACACCACUGAACCCACUUCCGCCGCCGCCGGCACCGGAACACCCAAAACCGGCGCCGGCGACUACUUCACACCAUACCCAGAUGAAGUUCUCGAAAACGUACUCGAAAACGUGUUAGUUUUCCUAACAUGUCGAAAAGAUCGAAACGCUGUCGCUUUGGUAUGCAAAUCUUGGUACAGAGCAGAAGCAUAUACAAGAUCAGAAGUGUUUAUAGGAAACUGUUAUGCAAUUAGUCCAAACCGGGUCGUUGACCGGUUUAGUCGGGUCAAGUGUUUGACUUUGAAAGGAAAACCAAGGUUUGCUGACUUUAGUUUGGUUCCGAAAAAUUGGGGUGCUUAUUUUAGUCCAUGGAUUAUGGUUAUGAAAACAGUUUAUGUUAAUUUUCUUGAAAAGAUUUUCCUUAAAAGAAUGUGUGUUACUGAUGAUGAUCUGGCAGUUUUGGCUCACUCUUUUCCUAAUUUUAAGGAGCUGGUUUUGUUUUGUUGUGAUGGGUUUGGGACUAGUGGUCUUGCUGAAUUUGUUGCUCGCUGCAGGCGGUUGCGAGUGCUUGAGUUGAUAGAGGAUGAGGUUUCGGAUGAUGAUGUGGACUGGAUUUCGUGUUUUCCAGGGGAUGGUUGUACUAAUUUGGAAUGUUUAAGUUUUGAUUGUGUGGAAUCACCUAUAAAUUUUGAGGCUUUAGAGAAGUUGGUUGCAAGGUCACCAAUAUUAAAGAAGCUAAGAUUAAAUGGUUUUGUAUCGGUGAAUCAACUAUAUCGGUUGGUAAUUCGGGCACCACAGUUGACUCAUUUGGGUACAGGAUCGUUUAGUCCUCUUGACCAACAUCAGGAUGAUAACCAUUCAGAAGCGAAGUAUGUUUCUGCAUUUGAGGCUUGCAAAUCAAUCGUUGGGCUCUCGGGGUUUAAAGAUAUUGCACCUGAAUAUCUAUCAGCUAUUGUUCCAGUUUGUGCUAAUCUGACUUCGUUAAAUCUUAGUUAUGCAAACAUCGAUGCUCAGCAACUGAAACCUGUCAUCAGUCACUGCCAUAAACUUCAGGUUUUCUGGGUUCUUGAUUCAAUCUGUGAUGAAGGGCUUCAGGCAGUGGCGGAAACAUGCAAAGAUCUUCGUGAGCUUCGUGUUUUUCCGAUAAAUGCAACAGAAAACACUGAGGGUCCUGUUUCUGAUGUUGGUCUACUUGCAAUUUCCUAUGGGUGUAGAAAAUUGCAAUCGAUUCUUUACUUCUGUCAACAAAUGACAAAUUCGGCUGUUGUAGCCAUGUCUAAAAACUGCCCGGAUCUUGUUGUGUUUCGUCUCUGUAUAAUUGGCCGAUAUAGACCCGACCGCUUGACUGGUGAACCUAUGGACGAGGGUUUUGGAGCCAUUGUCAAAAAUUGUAAGAAGCUUACUCGGCUUGCAGUAUCAGGUCUGCUUACCGAUAGGGCAUUUGGCUACAUUGGGCAAUAUGGUAAACUCGUGAGAACGUUAUCAGUGGGGUUUAACGGAGAUAGUGACAACGGGCUGAAAUAUGUGCUAGAGGGUUGCUCCAAUUUGCAAAAACUUGAGAUAAGAGAUAGUCCAUUUGGUGAUUUGGCUUUAUCUUCGGGUCUGCACCAUUUUUAUAAUAUGAGAUUUGUUUGGAUGUCAUCAUGUCAAGUGACUCAAGCAGGGUGUCAGGAGGUAGCCAGACAGUUGCCAAGAUUGGUGGUGGAAAUUUUCCGUCGGGAUGGAGAGGAAGGUGGGGAAAGGGGAAAUUUCGUUGAUACGUUAUAUAUGUAUCGCUCUCUUGACGGCCCACGAUCUGAUGCACCACGGUUUGUCAAGAUCUUGUAACGCCCUGAUCAAAAACUUCAUUUUAUUGUGCUUAUGUGAUAAAGAUACAUUUUUCUUCCCUCCACCACGGUUUUUUCCUGAUGGGUACGAGGAAAGAGCGCAUCUUUCAUGUCAAAAAUGGAUCUUUUAGAGGAUGCAACAUAGUUUUACGGUAUUUUCUUUUCAUGCUUUUCCUGUCAUAUUCAUUAAGCUCUGGAUCUUGGAGUCUAGGGAAUCACAUAUAGAAUAUGAAUUUGAUCCCGAAAACAGCCAUAUCCCGAGUAUAUUUGAUUUUAGUAGUCUGGGUAGUCUUCUCUUCAGGGCUAUAAUCUUCAAAUCCACAAUCUGUCACGGUAGUUUGUACAUUGUGCAUCUGAUGUUGUAAAUUGCCGAGGUUUGAUAUUUUUGUAGCUCUAGCAAAUGAGGUUUAGAUGGUUUUGUAAUUUAGGUCUUCAAUUAUUUUCUUAUGUAUUGUUUGACAACUUCUCUACAGGGCUGUAAAAGUAGAAACAAUCAGGGAUCAUAUUUAUAUUGAAUUUUUCCCUAAACAUUGAGAGUUGUACAUUGAUCAAGUUUUGAUAUUUUUGUAGCACUAGAAAUAGUUUUACUCA